AGGGCGCUCGGAACCGCGCCGCGCCCCCAGGGACCGUGCAGGGUGGGCCAGCUCCGGUGGAGGAGGCUGCUGGAGGCGCGCCGGGGACAGGGCCUAUGCUGCUCCAGGGAGUUGAACUCACCAAAUGAAUGUCUGUGGUGACAUGCAUGAAGCAAAGAGAGAAGCAUCCUCUUUGGUGCCUAAAAAUCAGACUGUUGGCAAACAGGAUGCAGUGGCCGAGGCUAGAAAUGGCUGCCGAGAGCUUUGCGUUAAGAAGGGUUCUGAAGAUUCAUCUGGACUAGCAGAAAAGAAAGAAAGUGGAAUGACGAAAUGCCCUUCCUACCUCCCCAUUGUGAGCAGUGUGACCCUGUGGGAGAGAAGCGUCCCCCGAGCUGAUCACAGCCCUCGUUAUGAAAGAAUCACCUUGCCCUGCUCCAGAUUCAUUACUCACAUGAAGAAUUUCUCUGACUCUCUGAAAUUUAAUAGUCUACGCUUUCUACAUCUUCAAGGAAGGAUUCCGAGUCCAAUGGCAUAUAAAAGACUACUUUGCACUCACCAGUAUAUAAUCCCCGGGUCUUCUGUAAGCACAGUUUCUUGUGAAGAAGAAAGCUACAGAGAAGCCUGUUCCUCCCCAACACCAUCCAUCGAAACAGAUGAGGCCCCCCUGAUCUUUACUGUUGAGGAAGAGAUUAAGAAUGGAGCCAAAGGAGCAUCCAAGCUGGCCUGGAACAGUCCAUUUGUGUGGCAGUCAAUGGCACAAAAGCCUAUCCAGCCAUUCUCGGUAAAUCCUGUUCACCUGGAGGCUGUCGGCAUGCACAUCAAUAGACACAGGAGACUUCAGAACCAGCCCUUGACUGAUUCCAAGGGAAAUGCUGGUGCCGGCAGGAGACCCUCCACCGCCUUCAGCCUCGGCAGCGUCCCCGGCCCCGCCGCGAGACGGCCCUUCUCCGCCAUGGGCCUGUACCGGAGGAGCCAGACCCCGCUGUCGCCGCCGAGCGCCAGGCACAGCCCCUUGGAGCCCGAGCUGGAGGAGUGGGCGGCGGGCGCCCUGGCGCCCCGCGACGCGCAAGGCGGGCUCUGGGGCGCGUCCGGAAACGCGGCCGGAAGAGGCGCGGUUGCCAUGGCACCGGAGAUGCUCCCCAAGCAUCCCCAGCCCCCGGGGGAAAGGAGGCCCGGGGCAGACCCCUCCCUGCACGGCGACCUGGCAGGGGAGCCCCUUCCUCUGCUGGCCGGUCCUCUCACCCAGUUCCCCUCCAAGAGGUUAAUAAAGGUCUGCUCCGCGGCGCCCCCCCGCCCGCCCCGGCGCUUCCACACGGUGUGUUCACAGGCCCUGCCGAGGCCGGUGGUGAAUGCUCACUUGCACUGACCGCUGCGCGGGGAUUGUUCCGCGGGGGCGGCCCGUCUCCCGGUCAAUGCCUGCGCAGAACAACAGACAGGGCCUCAGAUGGACUGGUUUCCACAGGACCAUUGUCAGGCUUUUGUGAAGCAGUUUUGAACCUAAUAAAUAAUGUCAAAAGUC